AUGAAUUGUGUGAUGAGGGAUAUUAUUAAUCGACCUCCUCGAACUAUAUGCUACACACCAUCUGUCCUUGAAAAUACCACAGACGAUAGCAGUGGGAAUAAUGCAAUCAAUAAUACUGCUCCUGGUAUCAUUAGCAGUGGCAGUAAUAAAUGUAGUUGUGGUAGCCAUUGUGGUUGUGUUGAUGGUGGUAUAAAAAUUCCUACUACUUCAGUAUUACCAAAUUAUUCAUGUGAACCAUCAGGUGGCGAUUAUUCAAUUCUCACUGACACACAACAAACACCGAAUGAAAUUCUCGAUCCUAGAGCUUCAUUUAGUAGAAAAUCUGUGAAUGAGCUGCACAGAUAUCAGUGUGCAUGUCCUGGCUGUGGCGAAGUCUACUCAAGGUGUAUGGACAGAAAGAACCUGUUCAACGGAUAA